GAGAAACACAGCGGCAAGAGACUGAAGACUGGACACCGGCGAAGUCGAGACAGGACGCACUCCGCCCGCAUCCGCAGCGCACCAUGAGGGAAAUCGUUCACAUCCAGGCUGGGCAGUGUGGAAAUCAGAUCGGGGCGAAGUUCUGGGAAGUGAUAAGUGACGAGCAUGGCAUCGAUCCCACCGGUAGUUACCAAGGUGACAGCGACCUGCAGCUGGAGAGGAUAAAUGUCUACUACAAUGAGGCGUCAGGUAGCAAAUUUGUCCCCCGUGCCAUUCUGGUGGACCUGGAGCCAGGAACCAUGGACUCAGUUCGCUCCGGCCCAUUUGGACAGCUAUUCAGGCCUGACAACUUUGUCUUUGGUCAAAGUGGAGCAGGAAAUAACUGGGCCAAGGGUCACUACACCGAGGGAGCUGAGCUGGUUGACUCGGUCCUGGAUGUGGUGAGGAAGGAGUCUGAGAACUGCGACUGCCUCCAGGGCUUUCAGCUCACCCACUCUCUGGGCGGAGGUACAGGCUCGGGAAUGGGCACACUGCUCAUCAGCAAGAUCCGCGAGGAGUACCCUGACCGGAUCAUGAAUACCUUCAGCGUCAUGCCUUCACCGAAGGUGUCUGACACUGUGGUGGAGCCCUACAAUGCCACUCUCUCUGUCCACCAGCUUGUGGAAAACACAGAUGAGACCUUUAGCAUUGACAAUGAGGCCCUGUACGAUAUUUGUUUCCGCACCCUGAAGCUGACCACACCUACCUACGGAGACCUCAAUCACCUAGUAUCAGCCACCAUGAGCGGGGUGACCACCUGUCUCCGCUUCCCUGGCCAACUCAACGCUGACCUCCGUAAGCUGGCUGUCAACAUGGUGCCCUUCCCUCGCUUGCAUUUCUUCAUGCCGGGCUUUGCGCCUCUCACAAGUCGGGGCAGUCAGCAGUACCGUGCCCUCUCUGUGCCAGAGCUCACACAGCAAAUGUUCGACGCCAAGAAUAUGAUGGCAGCCUGUGACCCUCGUCAUGGACGCUACCUCACUGUGGCAGCUAUUUUCCGCGGCCGUAUGUCCAUGAAGGAAGUGGAUGAGCAGAUGUUGAGCGUGCAAAACAAGAACAGCAGCUACUUUGUUGAGUGGAUUCCAAACAAUGUCAAGACCGCUGUUUGCGACAUCCCACCCCGUGGUCUCAAGAUGUCAGCCACCUUCAUUGGCAACAGCACAGCCAUCCAGGAGCUGUUCAGGAGGAUAUCGGAGCAAUUCACGGCCAUGUUCCGUCGCAAGGCUUUCCUCCACUGGUACACUGGAGAGGGAAUGGAUGAGAUGGAGUUCACUGAGGCCGAGAGCAACAUGAACGACCUGGUGUCUGAGUAUCAGCAGUAUCAGGAUGCCACUGCGGAUGAGAUGGGUGAAUAUGAAGAAGAUGAAAUAGAGGAUGAGGAGGAAGUCCGCCACUGAUGACAAAACACUGACCUGACAUUCUGAUUUAAUCAGUCCCUUCAAAUAGUAAUUGUUUUUGGACAGUGCAGUGAGAUCAUAAGAAGCACGAUAGUGAUGCAGAUGCUCAACUACAUAUUGCAGGGUCCAGAUCAUGAUGAAUUAUAGCUGUUUAGCAAAAACUAUGCUGCAUAUAGAUAUGGCUUUUACUGACAAAGAUCAUGAGUGGUGUUAGAAUUUAAAAAUAUGCAAGUAUUAUUGUGUUUGGUUUUCCAAGUCAUGCUUUACCAGUGUCAACAAAGAAGUACAGUGUUGGUCUAAAUACGGUUUUGUAACAUUUACUUCAACAUG